UCAACGUCUUGGCAGGCGAACACGUUGGCUUCAAACGAGGUAAAGCACUAUUCCUUUUUUAUACAGUUUCAUUUCCGUUUUUUCACUUUAUUUAAGAAACUUGCGUUCGACGUUGCCAUUCAAGGGAUGGCGCUCUGAAAUUCAUUUAUUCUUAGGAGAGACGUUUACUUUCCGAAAACAUCCCUCCGUUUCUUUUUCUCUAUUUUGAUUCGACCAAAGCCAAGAUCUACUUACUGAAUUGUUCUCUGAGAAUUCAGGGUGAAACUUUCACAAAAGUCCCACACUGAGCGCCAGUUAAGUUUUUUUGCAGCUCGCAAGUUUGAUUAUGAUGGCUCCUUUAUAAUACGCUUUUAAAAAAUACUCUUAAUGAGGUCAACACUUAGCUGUAAAAAGGCCAAAAAAGUGGACGUUAGGUGUAAAAAAUUGACAAAUAUCAACCAUUAGUCGUGAUAUAAGUUUUCCAAAAAAGAAAAAAACUGUUACCAGUAGAGUAACCAAAGUUCUGACCUUUAGUCGUAAAAGCCAUCACCCUUUUGUGACCCUCUCUCACUGUGCUCGGAAAUAUAUUCACCUUUAUUGCGACUUAGUACCCUAUUCCUUCACUCUAGAAUAUCAUUUCAGCGUCAAGGUACCCCCCUACCAAAAAAAUAAAUAAAUAAAUAAAUGAAAAAAAACAGUCAUAAGAAAAUGAUAGAACUAAUUUUGAUUUGUAUUCGCCCUUUUUAUUUUCAGUUUCUACGCAAAAUCUACACCAUGGCUGGUACAAAGGGACUGAUAAUUGUCUUCAUUUGUUUCUGCAUGUUUUCUGCCAUUCUGGGCGGCAAAGUAAGAGCAGUAGAUUGUGGCAAAUAGUAAAAAUAGAAAAUGAAUAUAUAAUAACUUUUUUCUGUUAAUCUUCAAUAAACCCUGAAAGAAAAUAGGAAAAAAAUCCCCUGCUCGCUGCCAAUUGAAUACUGUCGGAAAGAUAGCCGACAACCUAAUAGCUAUUCGCUGCCGUUUCUUGUACAAAAAAAAAAAAAAAAGAUAAGGUAAAGACAAACGAACUGUUGCAGCGGAAUAGAAAACCUUGUCGUAAAUUAAUCACUAGGUGGAAGGUUCGUCCAAACCUCCAAAUCCUUUUAUCGACUCUUUCGAUAGAGCUCAAAUUCAACAACAACUUUUCUGCAUGCCGUACCUGAGCGGCUAAGCUUUAUAAACUUCCCCAAUCCCUACAACUAGUGCACUCUUGACUCAAUUGUGCGGGGAUCUUGUGACUCGACCUGUAAUAAAGAACUCGAAUCGGAGGAUAAAGAAUAAAAUCGGAGGUGAUGAAGAAGCUGGCGAGGAAGACGAGAGUGCUGGUGACCUUUUUUAUGAUGAUUAAAAUGAAUGUAGUACACACGAUAUUGUACCUUACCACCAUGUUAUAACUGCUGAUGAGAGAGAUUGUCAUAAUACAGAGCCUAAUAGUGCUAGGGUAAAUUUUACGAUGACAGUGACUUACAAAAAAUUCCUCCGAACACCCCCCCCCCCUCCCCUCCGCCUCCGAUGAUAAACAAUGACCGGUUCCUUUUUAACUGACAUGUAUCAGUCGUGCAAGGAAACUGCAGUGAAACUAACAUUAAAGUUCUUACUGCAAUAAUGGUGCCACACCUUGCAGCGAACGUGAAGCAUUGAGUGCGACGCUCUUAUUUAGUGAGCAUUCCUUUACCUUAAGGUUAAAAGCUAUCAAUUUGUACAUGAGAUUACGUGACUUCUAAAGUAUUGAUUCUUUAUUCAGGUUUGUACGACUAAAGAUGGGGAAAAGUUCGAGAGAGGUACAAAAAUAUUCACUUUCGAUUGCCGUAGGGAGUGCACGUGUACUGGCAACGGUUUGAAGUGUAAAGAUUUUUGCUCCAAGAAGCCAUACAAAUGCGCAGGUGACGAAGAGCCGAAGUUCAAGACGGUGAAAAGAGUGCAUAAAGGAAAAGUCUGCGAAUGUAAAGGUAAGUAUUGAGUUUAUAUCUUAAUAAUACAUUGACAAAAUUUUCCAUUAGGAACGCUCUAGGAAUUCCUUUUCAUCAUCAUAUUAUCAGAAUGCGGCAAAUAUUAUUCCUAUUCAUGGUAUACAGUAAAACUGUAAGUGCUGCUGUGAUAACGCCCAAAGGUUUUUGCAGAGAACUGACGGCACCCUGACAUUGUAGAAUCAACUGGAAAGCCUUUGUUUUAGCAUUUUAGACCUGGAAAACGGUAUAGAAAGGGCGUUGCUGGAGGGCGAUGGGGAAAAGAACUCAAAACCCUUCAGUGAAGUUUGCGUCUCCGAAAGGUUCUAGCAAGAGAUUCCUUGCAUUUGCUUAGUUAACGAAAGCAAACAGCGUAAUAUCAACUGGAAUUAUUUUCUCUAUUUUCAGAGUUUAUUAAAUGCAUCAAGAUGUAACAGCAUGGGGGAGCUGGACUUGGGAACUUUAGAGAGAGA